AUGUUUAGUUUUAAAAUAUUAUAUUUAUUACUUCUUUACUUGUAUGUUGCUAAUUCAACAUUGGCAAGCAAUGAAUUAAAUAGUAUCAGAUUUUUAAUUCAACAAUAUCAAUUGGGAGUAUUAAAUUUGACUGCCACUGAUUGCAAUGGAAUUCAAAAUAAUGCACCUUCUCCAUUUAUCCGGUGUAUCAUUGAUUCAAACUCUUCUAAAGAAUCAAUUCAAUCAAUAAAACUCUUAAAAGCAACAGCACUUACCAAUGUACCAGUUUCACUUUAUUUAUCACCAAUGAAAGAUAUUUCGUUGCAAUUACCAGAAACCUCUACUUUUAUAAAUUCUUUAGAUUUUAAUCCUGGACAAGACUUUUCAACUUUGGAAUCUAUGUCUAUAGGAAGUGUAUCUUUUGGUUCUAAAACCAUUGUAGAUUUUAACCAAUCUCAAUUUCCAAAAUUACAAACUUUAAGUAUUACAUCAUCGAAAUCACAAAAUCAAGUUCAGCUAAAUCUAAAUUCUGAGAAAUUAGCAAUAUUCACUUUAAACUUUACAAAUUUUACUCCAACAGAUCUAUCUAUAUUUCCAAGUCUAAGCACGAUAAAUAACAAAUGCCUCCAAUAUAAGAAACUUGGAGAUCAAUUCCUCGAAACUAAUAAAAUCAUAGAUAACCAGCUAGAUGGUAGUUUACCCAAUUAUCCAACCUAUCCUUCUUAUUUCUUUGUAGGUGAGAAAGGUAUUACAGGAGUUGUACCUGAGGCGGCAUGUAAUUCUUAUUAUCUAUACCUAACAGGAACCAGUGUAACUAGUGUUCCAGAUUACUCUACAGUUUAUAAUCCCUUCAUAGUUAGGAAGAGUAUACACGAUAAUUUAAUAUACAAUGGAAAGAAUUUGGGUUAUGGCUACCCUAACGAUAUAGAUCCAAACUUAAAUUUUGUUUUAUAUAAUACAAAGUUCAAGUACAACAGUCAAAACAAAACUGGAAAUUUACAAAACGUCCAAUUCUCUAAAUUGUUUCGUGUCUUUAUGAAUCUAUCUUGGGUUACAGAUGUUACUGAAGUUAAACAGGUAUCAAUUGUACAAUUACCUUACAAAUUAAAUAUAACUGUUUAUGGUAUUUUCGAUCCUACUUAUUCCUAUGAAGUUUUAGUAAAUGGAAAUAAUAUUUGUAAAGUACAAAAUAUGUCAACAUAUAUAAAUUGCUUUAUGAUGGGCUCUUUUAACGAUGAAUCCAACUACUUAGUUGGAGCAAACUCAUCUUAUUUAAUAGAAAGUAUAAACACUUUUUAUAAAAAAGAUUAUCCUAUAGUUUCAUCAGUUCUACCAAUCCCAACUAGUGGUGGGAAGGUUGUUUUUUAUGGAAACUUUGGUACUUUUGGUCAAACAAAUCCAUUGAUUAAAAUUAAUAAUCAGAAUUGUAUCAUUAUUAACAAAUCCUCUACAGUUUUGGAAUGCAAUAUUGGGCAGAGUUCAGAAGGUGUAGCUUCAUUAUUAAUAAGUGUUGAUGGAUACACAUUUAGUUCAAAUACUUUAUUAAAAAUUUAUAAAGAUGAAGAAGAAAGAAUAAACUGUGGAUAUAAAAACAAUUGCAAUAGUAAUGGAAAUUGUACUAAUGGUAGUUGUCAAUGUAAUUUGGGAUUUUUAGGUCAAUUUUGUGAGUUUAGUGAAACAUUUAAUGGAACUAUAAACAUAAACACAACUUCACCUGUUCUAGGAAUCAAUGCCAAAGAUCAUCAAUUCGAAUUCUCUAUGGUGGCAAUACAGGAGGUUGAUCAACUAUCAAAUGUUGUUGCUGAAGUUUUAACAGAAAAUUGGAGAUAUAAUCAAACUUUAGAAAACAAAAUUACAACAUUAAGCUAUUUCUUGAAUAGUACAAAUACCACCAUUCAAGUUAAAACAACUAUUCAAUAUUCAGCUGAGCAAUGGAUAGCAGAGUUUGCUGGAAUCAAUACCACUAUUUUACCCAAUUCUUUAAAAUUAUCGUCAUAUCUCUCAGGAUGGCAAUACCAAUCAAAUUUAAAUACGAUUAGAUUUGUGUUUACUACAACUCUUGGCGAUUUCGAUAGAGAUUGUAAUGGAGAAUUCAGUCCAGUUGGAUCUAAUCAAUUGGAUCAAUCAGUCGAGUACUUAAAAGUUAUAAAAGAUGGAAUAACUUUUUAUGGUAAAUUUUUGGAUAGAUCUAUAUCAGAUGGAAGAGUAGCAUUCUCAAGAAAUAUAGUUAUUAAUCAAACAGAGAAUGGAAAUGUUUUUAUAGCAGUAGAGAUGCCACAAUGUCAAACAUGUGAAAUCGAUCCAAACUUUUCAUUGUUGCUCAAUCCUAAUGUUGAAGGUUGCGAUAGUAAAUCAAAAUUAUGGUGGAUCAUUCUAGUAUCAUGUGUUUGUGGAGUAAUCUUUAUUGGAUUGUCUAUGAUAGGAAUAUUUUAUUUACGAAAAAAGAAACAUACAAUCAAACUUAUAAUGAUGUCAAAAUUGGAUAAAAUUAAGAGUUAA